AUGAAUAAGAAAAUUCUUACUCCUGUGAAAAGAAUAUUAGAAAUUAAUGAUCAAGCAAACAUUGGGGUGUCUAGGAACUUUCAUUCAAUGGUUGUUGAAGCGGGGGGAUACGAGUCAUUGACAUUUGACGAGCGAGAUGCAAGAAAUUACAUUGAGAGAGCUAGAAGGUUGAGGUUUGGGGAAGGUGAUGCCAAAUCAUUUCAAAGUUAUUUUAUGAGGAUGCAAGCACAUAGUGAGAGAUUUUUUUAUGUGAUUGAUGUUGAUGAGGAGUUUCGCAUUAGAAACUUGUUUUGGACUGAUGCAAGGAGUCGGGCGACUUAUGAAGCAUUUGGAGAUGUCGUUUCAUUUGACACAACUUAUUUGACGAACAAAUAUGACAUACCAUUUGCUCUAUUUGUCAGAGUUAAUCACCAUGGACAGUCCAUUUUGCUUGGUUGUGGAUUGUUGUCUAGUGAAGACACUAACACAUUUGUUUGGCUAUUCAAGUCAUGGUUAAGUUGCAUGUCAAAUCAUCCGUCAAAAAUUAUCAUAACUGAUCAGUAUAGAGCUAUGCAAAAUGCUAUAGAAAUUGUGUUUCCAUAA